AUGCGCUCAAUAUUUUUAUGUUCUUUUUCUCGUCGAGCAUUUGGAAAGCUUGCAUUUCUCACUCUAAGAGAUGAUUUUGGGACAAUUCAGCUUUAUUGUGAAAAGGCGAGAUUUUUAAGUGAUCAGUUUGACGAGCUUAAAAAUCUUGUUGAUAUUGGUGACAUACUUGGUGCAAGGGAGCUUUCUGUCUAUGUGAACUCUUUUGCAAUUCUUACAAAAUCUCUACUGCCCUUGCCAGACAAAUAUCAUGGUCUAACUCAUGUGGAUAAGCGUUACCGGCAACGGUACAUUGAUAUGAUUUCCAAUCCUGAAGUAGCGGAUGUAUUUCGGAAGAGAGCAAAGAUUGUAUCAGAGUUACGCAAGACAGUGGAAUCUUUUGGAUUUCUCGAAGUUGAAAACUCCAGUUCUACAGGAAUAGUUUUUACUUUUUCUGGAGCAACUGGUGGAGCAAAAGCAAGACCAUUUGUUACCUACCAUAAUUCGCUAGGAAGGGAUCUUUAUUUGAGGAUAGCAACAGAGCUCCACUUGAAGAGGAUGCUGCUCUAUGAUGUUCAAGGUCAGUAUCCAUUUGCAUUGUUUAUGAGUUGCACUAUAUUUUAUUUGAGUUCCGUAUCAAUUUGCUUUUUUUAUUGGUUGCUGGUUCGACCCAAGGAUUCUGUGUUGGAGUGGUCCAUUCCACCUAUUGACAACUCGAACCGAAGUGGAUCAAUGGAGUUUGUUGUUCCCCCAACAGACUCAUCUGUAUUUUUCCCGAUUUCUGUGAACUUCUCUGCUACUAAUACAUUCAGUGACUUGAAGGUUGUGAAUGUCUUGCCCCAGAAAGGUGGAGCUCCACCGAAGUUCGGUGAAAGAACGCAAUGA